AUGAUGAGAGAGGAUGAAUGGGACUCUAUGAUGGAUGAGGUUAGCUUAUUUUGUGGUAAACAUGGAAUUUCAAUUCCCAAAAUGAAUGAAGACUACUCUAAUGGGAAGUCGAAGCGUAAGAGGUCCAAUAUUUCAUAUUUGCAUCACUUUCGUGUGGAAGUAUUUUAUGCCGUCAUUGAUUUGGCACUUCAAGAACUCAAUAAUCGUUUUGAUGUGGUGACUAGUGACUUGCUCCUCGGUAUGGCUAGUUUGAGUCCGGUUGAUUCAUUUGCUAAUUUUCACAAGGAUAGGAUAAUGAAACUAGCCGAGUACUACCCAAGUGAGUUUGGUGAUAAAGAGCUUCGGGAACUCAAUUUUCAACUUGAUGAUUUUAUUGUCUAUGCUCAAAAGUGUGAUAGCAAGUUUCUCAACUUGAAGGGAAUCAAGGAUCUUGCAAAAGUGAUGAUAGAGACAAAACUAGAUCAAACUUGGUCACUUGUGUAUCUACUUGUGAAGCUAACUUUGAUUAUUCCUGUUGCUACCGCAAGCGUGGAAAGAGCAUUCUCAUCAAUGAAGUACAUAAAGAAUGAUUUGCGUAAUAGGAUGGAUGAAGAUCUUUUGAAUGGUUGUUUAGUUUGCUAUAUAGAGCGUAGUAUAUUUAAAAAUAUUGCUACUACCUACUUGCUCGUCAACUUGUUCUCACCGUAA